UGCAAGUAAAAGUAAUGGACAACACGAUGAAGUGAUGCACAGCUGGGCAGAUGAUACUCCCUGAUGUGGUAGUGCAGUAUUUUUUUUGACAGGUUUAUGAAGUGUAUUGGUAUAUUCCAGCAGGACUGGAAUGUGCCACCGCUGCAGCAGGUUAGCAGGACACCUAGUGGCUUUGGUAAAUGGAACUGGAAUUACUUCUCCCUCUUACUGAUACACUGUCAAGAUUUUCAGAAUAGGCUCUCAGUUCCUCACUGCUUCUGUAUUGUCUCAAAGCAUUUUGCACCACAGUUCUUCCCUGUAUUUUUUUCUGCAUUUAACGAAGCAGGGGAAAAAAAUCCCUGCAUGCAUUCUAAGUACUGUGACCCACUUUCAGAAGAAAUAUUGUUGGUGCUUAUUGCAUGACUGCUGUAGUCAGGGUUUUCAGCACAAAGCAGUUCACUUAAAAUCACAAAUUCCAUAUAUCGACUUUAUUAUUUUGUUGCCACUAAGGCAGGGAGGUGCUUUUCAUGAUGGUGAGUAUUUUUAAAACUAACCAUUUUUAAUGUAAUGCAUAUAGAGGUUUUCUUUUAUCAUAUUCGUAUUAUCCAUUACCUCAUUUUUAUUUCUUCUGGGACUAAGUAAUUCCCACUAAAUCGAUAAUUCAUAUGAAAGUGAGACACUUAAAUGACACUUAAGGAAUCUGUGCAUGUAAAAUGCUUUUCUUAUAAAGCCACAAGUCAGCCUCUCAGUGAAAUUAAAACCACUACACAUUGAGUGUUCAAGGUCACCUUGUAGUGCAGGCAGAUACAGUGCUGCCACAUCAGGUUAGGCAGGAUCUAUCUAACCUAGUAUUAUGUCUCAUUUGCUGGCUGGCAGCAACAUCAGAAGUGUACCUGUGAUUAAUGUGAGGUGAACUGUAGUUUGCCAGGGGUCUUGGGCACCUCCUGAAGAAACCAGAAAAAAUCUAAAAUCACCUGAAGGUUAGACGAGUUCACCAAGAACAAAUUAUGGCUUUCUGUGCUGAUCUGCUGCUCUGCACUGGAGCUGCAUCCUGCCCUGAUAAUCUUCACAGACACCAGCAGCCAUUGCAGCUGCCAGCAAGGAGCAGCAUUUCAUAGCCAGGUUGGCAAAGACUCCUCAAGCAUUGCCAAGAGAGCAUCAAGACAGUAAAGUGACAACAGAAUUGGUAACCCAGUGGGUCAAAAGCUUAAGAUCCAAUUGCAGGGAACUUGGUCCCUUCAGUCAAGUGCUCUAAAGCAAAUGCCUUUACAUAGUAGAGAAAAACGCAAUUGAUAGACUUUUAAAUCAGAAAAGAUCUGACCCAAACAGCUAGAACAAGACUUAAUUAUGGUCCAUUGAGAUCCUAUGCAGAUUAAUUUCAAGCAAUUUUUCUCAGCAGGUAGAGAAAACCAGUGUUUUGAGGAUUUCCUCUUGUGUCACAUUCAGUAAUGAUAUACAGUCAUUAAACAAGUUGCUAGAGAAGUUUGAGGCUAUCCCUUUCCCAGACAAAAUUACCUUUCUCAAAAUAGAGAUAAUCUACAUAAAUUAAUUUUCCAUCAUUUCAUUGCUUGUAAAAACUAGCUAUGACAUAAUUCAUAGCUGGUAGCAAGCCUUGUUCCAACACCCAGUUCCAGAAAUGACAAUGAAGACAUUAGCUGGGAUUUUCUUUCUCUGACCUCAUCAGAUGACAUAAAAUAGACCCUCUGAAUUCUAUUCUUUAGCAAAUGUCUAUGAAUUAUAGACUGAAUAAAUUAUAAUCAUCCUCUGCUUUCAAACAGAUGACACUGAGCAGAUGUGACUUUGAUAGGUUUCAAGAUCGUAGUCUUCAUAAGCCCAUGAUUUCCUUUUAUAGUAUUUCAGAAUCAUGGUAUCUGGUUAUAUAUCUUUGAAGAGAUCUGCCUGUUCCAUGCAAGCGAGAUAGGCUUUUCUCUUAGCUUUGAUCUCACAUUUCCACAUGUCCCUUGAAUAUUUGUGAUUUAUAUUAAUGAUCAUAGAAUCAUUAAGGUUAGAAAAGAUCUCCAAGAUCAUUGGGUCCAUCCUUUGAUCAAACAUCACUAUGCCCACUAAAUCAUGACACUAAGUAUGAUGACCGACCAAUCAAUUCUUGAGCACUUCCAAAGAUGGUAUCGCCGCUAAUUUUCUGGGCAGUCUAUUCCAAUGCCUAAUCACUCUUUCAGUGAAAAAAAUUAUUCCUAAUGUCCAACAUAAACCACCAUUUCCUCUUGUUUUGUUAGUAGUUACCUGGAAGAAGAGGCAAACUCCACAUCCUAUAAUCUCUUUAGGCAGAUGUAGAGAGCAAUGAGGUUACCUCUGAGCCUCCUUUUCUCCAGGACGAACAUCCCCAGCUCCUUCAGUAGCUCCUCCUAGGAAUUACCUCUGGACCCUUCAUCAAUUCCUUCACCCUUCUCUGGACUCACUCCAGCCUUUCAAUGUCCUUUUUGUAGAGAGGGCCCAGAACCAAACACAGCACUCAAGGUGUGGCCUCACCAGUGACAAGUGCAGAGGGACAAUCACUGCCCUGAUCCUGCCAGACACACUACUGCCAAUAUAGACCAGGAUGCCACUGGCUUUCUUAACUACCUGGAUGCAGGCUGGCUCUUGGUCAGCUGGGUAUUGACCACCAUCCCCAGGACCUUUUCUUUUCUGCUGCACAGCCUUCCAGUCACUUUGUCCUAGCCUGUAGCUCUGCAUGGUGUUUUUUGUGACCCAAGGGCUGGACCUGCCACUGGGCAUUGUUGAACCUCAUACAGUUGGCCUCAGCCCAUUAAUUCAGACUUUCCAGAUAUUUCUGCAGAGCCUUCCUGCCCUCCAUCAGAUCAACACUCCCACAAAACUUAGUGCCACUGAGCUUUGCAGUUUUAAACAUCAGUCCUUAUAAAAAUUUAUAUAACUUCCUUUGAUAGUUAUAAUCCCAAAACACUGUGUAUAGGCUGAUGAAAGGCCCCACAUAUCAUCAGUCAACCAAUUAUUAAAAUUUAGAAGGCACUACUUCAAAGUGCUAUUUAAAUAUUGUACCAAGACACUACCCUGUCUCCUGAAUGAUGGCUCUUUGUCCCUUGUCUUUCCCACAAGGAAAAUACCUCUGAGAGAAGGUCUGUGAGUAAAUCUUUGGGAGAUUGCUGAAAUUCUCUCUUCUCAUUUCUUUUGCCUCUCUCUCAUUUGCCUACAUCCAAAACCAUUGUAAGACUUUGCAUCUUUUUCAAAUUGCAGUGAAUACACAUCUUCAUUCCAUAUUCUGUUAAUAUCACCUUGUUACUUUUAUUUUAAAUAUGAAAAUCUUCCAUGUGCUACUGCAUCACUACUACACACUCAUACAUAGUUUAUCAAAAGUAUGAAUACUGUGAAUAUUACUUUAGGGAUUUUUAUAUUUAUUAAGAUAAUAUAAGGUUUUAGAAAAUGAAAUUUAUUCAGUUUUUGGCAAUAGUCCUUGUUUGUACACCAGAAGUUGUCAUUCUUAAUGUAACAAUUCUGGUUUUACUGCACUGUCUGAGAAUCAAAAGCUGCUCUAGCCAUCAUUACCAAACAAUGACUGGCUUGGUUGCAUUAGGUAUUUAAUUUUCUAGACUUCAACUAGAGAAAACAAAGCCUAAUAGCUUGAUUGUUUUGAGACUUCUUUAUUCCUCACAGUUUGAAGGACUCAUGUACUUGCUUUCUUUAGACUCUCUUUUUUUUUCCCCCAUUUGUCUUAAAACAUUCCAGUUUCACCCAUGGUGUAAAGAGAUUUGAAGCCUCAUGAGAAGCAGGCUGAAUAUAGGUAUGGAAAUACUUAUUUAUCAGUGACUUUCAAACUUAAUGAUAAAGAUAUUUCAAGUACUAUAGCAUGUGUCUGAUUCAGGGUCUGAUUCAGAGAUGAGAAUGAUGUAUUCAGCAUUUUCUUAAAUGGCACUGGUAUAAUUUCAUGCAAAUAAAGGUGUAUAUUUCCAGAUAAUUUUUCAUGUAACAGUUACUGAAAUGUGUAUGAGAUUUUUUUUGCUUUUUUCUGGAAUUUAUGGUAGGGAACAGAUAAUCCUGUUGGUAUGUUUAUGGUAUGAUUCACGUAGAAAAUGAUAGAAGGAAAUGUUUAUCGACUAUGUACCAAUACUACCAAUACUACCCUACAGAUGAAUGGAGUGACAGAAAAGCCACUCCAUUGGAAUGGAAAUGUGGGGUUGACCUCCAAUGCUAUCUUAACUAAAAUUGUCUCAGUUAAAGUCCUUGUACUCUCAAUAACCGACUGUCAUGCUUCAUAUUUUGUGAUGAAGUGACUUCAUGCUUCAUACCAUGCAAGAGUAAUUAAAAUUUGAGACAAAGGUGCAAAGUUAUCACUUCCUAACUGGGAGAGCUAUGAAUCACACAAAAGAACAAAGUCAAAUUAAGGUGGUAGAUUGGAUUUUUGUGUCUCUGUUACUGGUGACUAAUCUGUUUCAUCCAUAAUACCUCAAACUUGCAAGUGCACAUACUUACACCCAUCUAAAAACAGUUCCUGAAUGCAUGGCAAAGGCAAAUGACUGAACAGCCAGCUAGCACCAGAUGGCAUGGCAGGACACUGGCUAAAAAUUUAGUGAACUAAAGUGUCAAAGAUUUGUUUGUCUGCAAAGAAGGUCAUACCUAAAACUCCCCAAGAAAAUUCCUAUAAAUACCUAAAUAUAAGAUACUCCUUAGAAAUGGAAGUUUGUUUGAACUGUGUCCUGUUCAUUUUUUCCCAUUUCCACUUAGGUUUGUGUAUUAUUAAAAUAGCAACCUAAGUGUUAACCCACUUACUCAGUUUUGAGACUGUGAAUUUGAAAUGUAUAUUUCAAAAUAGGUGAAGGGUUUCUGGAGCAAUUAUAUAAGUUUCAGUUAUUUGUGUUACAGGCUUUGUUAAAAAAACUUGCUAUUUAUUCAGAAAGAAAACAUUUGCUGCUUAUAUUAGUUCCAAAAUUUUUCACAUUUAGAUGGCAUUUCAAAAAAGAAUGAAAGCUAACUUUUCUUUCCCAAGAUAUUGGGAAAGUUGCAUGAUUCCUUCUGAGUCAUCCUUUUGAGAUAUGAUGGAGGUGGGUUUUAUAAGUCAGAUGAUGCUGUGAGCGUACAACAGAUGUGCCAAGCUGGACUUGGUCCUUGCAUCAUCAGACACUGUUGUAAGUGCUAAAAGCCACUCAGUCAGAGGGAGUUUGAGCAUGACUGAAAUGUCAUAUAGAACAACUAGGUUUGUUUUUUCUGGAGGUAUUGUGAUUUAUUUCCAUAAUUAAAAAAACUUUUGCACUCUAAAAAAGUUAAUAAUACAGACUCAUUGAAGUAGAGAGUCAUUAAAAGGAAGGAAGAACUCUUCCUCAAAAUGAUGACUCAGUUAAGAAGACAGAUUUGUGAAAGCUGCUCCAUACAGUAGAAGUUCUCACCCAGAAGGUCCUCCCACCAGCCCCGCCAGAUUGUGUGAAGAGAUUCAGAGGACAUGCUUGCUAGCCAGGCAUUGGGAAAGGGAUCAGAGACUGAUACGCCUAAUCUACUCUGCAUCCACCUCCCCUGUGCUUUUCCAAGGAUGCCCUGCCAUUCCAAGCCAUUAACCAAACUGAUGUUUGGAAUGAAUCAAAAGGAUUUCUGGUCUGAAUUCAGAAUGGUAUUCCUCUGUCCCCUGUGCCUUUUUUUCCUUCAUCCUACCCUAUGUGAAGUCAGUGAUCAUUCUCUUUAGUCUCCUCCAUAUGGAAGAAUGUAUUAGAAAAGAAGGACAAAUGCUCAAACAGAACAUACCCUUUCAGUCCCAAAGGAGACAGAGGGAAACAAACAGCAUUUACACCUUAUUUUCUUCACUUUAUAUUUGUAAAUAAGUUGGAAGGUUUGGGCUGUUUCUUUUCUUUUACAGAGAGAAUUUCUGGUCACCUAAUCUUGAUGGUACACUUAUUUGUGUGCUAAGCAAAAAGGAACACUCUGUUCAGCUAUUCCUAUUCUGUUCAGCUGAUAGUUCAGAAAUCAAUAAAGUGUUGCUCAAACUCCAAGUUCCAGUCUCUAAACAUCUGCCUGAUGUUAACUAUAUCUCAUAUAUGCUUGUUUGCAAGAUUUUUCCAGACUCAGUAUCAGUAUUUGGAUGUAGUGGCCAUGCAGAAAAUAAGUUAAAUUACCUAGAAUGAAUAUUUCUUAAAGGAAAACUUAUCCAUGUGUAUCAGUCAGUUCAAGCAAAGGCAGAUGCCACAUAGUUAUAAAAGAAAGAGCCACCCAUUUUUGCUGACAGCAAAUAUAUACCAAUCAACAGCAAUAAUGAAAAUUUACCAGCAUAGUUAUUUUUCACACAAACAGCAAGGCAAAUAUUGAUCAACUGCCUUAACUCAGUCAGGCAUUAAGUUUCCUGAUUGAGGAAAAAAAUGGUAGCCAAGUGAUGCAUUUAUAAAAUGCAUACAUGUUGAAAAGGAAAUAAUUGUAUGUAUAGAUGCUGGUAUGGAAGAACCAACUAUGCUCACUGCUCUUUAGAUAGAUAUAAUGCAUUUUCUUCUUAUUAGUGAUAAGUUUUAGUAUAAGAAUUUGAGUCAAAGCUUAGCACAGAAGAAACAUUUGUUGCCAGUACACAUAUGAUGUUCUCAUGGUUCUGUCUCAGAUGUCAUAGUAGUAAUCUAAAAUUUUAAUUUCAUAAAGGAUGAAAAUGACCUUCCCAUUCUGGCUGAUUUUGGAUAGGACAUCUUUGAAAUAGAAGGAGACCCAGAAUCUUGUAGGUUUCAUGAGUAUAUCCUGCAUUUCAGGGGUGGUGAGUAGUGAGAAUGGACAAACAGUCUGUUGUAAAAUCUCAGCUGUCAAUAUGUUACAUUUUCAGACACAAAAUCGAAGUUCAAUUGAUAAUGCACCUUUAUGUGUAGACUCUUCCAAGCCUUUUUUGCAUGGACUUUAAGAACUCAAGCAUGAUAAUCUCUAAUUGUACAUACUUAAUCUGCCUUUCCUUAAACAGAGGUUGAAAUAAUGUUUAACAAAUGAGUCAUUUUAGUUUCCAAAUAUCAGUGAAUUACUUAAAAGUUAUAAAUAUAUAUGCACUAAAAUAAUCCAUAUGAAAUUAGCUUCCUUCCGGAUUACUCUUUUUCUGCAAAAAUCUUCUCACAGUAGCAGUCAAGAACACUAUAUGCUUAAAUAUACGGCUUAAAUUUGUCUGUAAAUUAAAUAAACAUGGAACUUCAGUCCUGACAAUUCAAACACCAACUGGUAAAGGUGUUAUGCAUCAUUGCUCAAAAUCCCAGUUCACUAUUUUAUAACAACGUUAUUACAAACAUGUCCUAAUUCACAUAGGAAUUGCUUAGAUAUCCAGCAACAAGCAUGUCUGGAGUACCAUAGGAAGCUACUUGCUCAGCUACAUUAGUCAAAGGCUUUACAGUUCACACAUAGAUUCUUUUAAUAUUAUUCGUAAUGUUAUAUAUAUUCUGUGUAGUCUGGAGUUAAUUUAUUGUCUCUCUGUAAGGGUAUUGUAUUCAUUUUUAUUUCAUUUUAUUUAAUUAAAGAUCCCCACAGAGUGGCUAACUGCCUGUCAAUUCUUGCUUUUAUGCAAUACUUUCCUUAAAUCUUUUUGGUAAUACUCAGUUCAUGAAGACCUUCAAGUAGAAUGCAGGAUGAGGCAUUAUGAAUCAUUGACUCAAAAAAACAGUUACUAUGGGCAGUAGCCCAUUAUUAACUCUGUGUUCUCCUCUGUCAGGUAUUGAAUGAUAAUUAAAAUGUGCAGCUUUCCUUACCCGGGUGAUUGUCAGAGGCCCCAAACACUGAAAAUGGAUUUUGGGCAGAAAAGUUCUGAAUCACAGCACUGAGACUUAGCCCGUAUCAUUCUCAUCUAUCAGUUUUCUGAAGAAAAAGCUUUUAUUUUACACAUGUACAGACAGCAUAACAAUUCUCUGCUAUUUAUUCUCCACCACAUCCCAUUACCAGUUACCAAUAUGUCCCAAACUGCCACUGCACAAGCAAUGGCAGAUAUUCAGACCCUAGUAGUCAGAGUGUAAAUCACAAAUUUAGCAUUACAUAUAUCAAAAUUCUAUAAAAAUAAUAUUCCUUUUUUUUUUAUUUUAUCAUUUAAGCUUUUUUAGUUUUUCUUUGUUUCUGUAUUUUAGAGCUCACAGCUCCCAAACACAACAUGUUAAACUUAUGUCCAUAAGAGAGGGCUUGGUUUGUCUGAGUGGAUUCCAGAAGCCUAGGUAAAAAACCCAGAGGCUCAAAAUUUAUCAUAAUUGACAUUAUCAUUGCACUAUAGUGCAUCCAAUGCACUUAGAAAAGUGUGCUGUUUUCUAUUUCUACCUCUGAAGUGUAUGCUUUGUAUAUUAGUGAUUGACUGAAGAUAGGAUGUCUUUUUCUAAUUUAUUUUUUUUCUUCUAACACAAAGGAUUAUGCUUAAAUGACCCUAUUAAAAAUAAAGAUUUUCUAUAAUGGAGAAAAAAAUUAAAACUCCAGGAAUUUUAGAGUGACAGAAAUGGAAAAAGUAGCACAAUCUAUUGAGCAAACAAUUAUCCUUAACCUAACUGGCUUCAUGUAUAUGAAUCAUCCUGUCACAUUAAAUGCUUCCUGUGCCUUAUGUAUUUUGUGAUAUUGCUUUCUUUGAGAGUACAGGGACCUAAGUGCAAGUGAAAGGGCUUUUUAUUUGAACUCUGUUUAUAUAGUAAAGAAGGAAGGAAAAUCCAGAGUUCUAAUCUGAGAAAUCCACUGUUGGUAAUCUAAAAAAAAUAAUGUUUUUGUAUGUAAAACUACCUGAGGAAGUCCUGUCUGAGUGCAAGAGACUAUACCAGAUGCAUCAAAGCUUAUGGAAAACUCAUAAGCCUAGGGAAACCCUGACUGUGAUUAAAGAAUUGCUACUAUUUAGUAUGAACCUGAUCAUACAUUUUGUUCUAAAGUAUACAGACAUUGGCAAAAUUCCUUGAUUGAGGAAAUUAAUUGGAAGUUUGAUUCACAGCAUUGCUGCUUCCAGCAAUACCACAGGCAAGCUGCUUUGACUUCAGUGGAACAAGCUUCUUUUAAUCUUCUUACCUGGCAGAAGAUUUAGUUGGAAGUGAAACUAGUCUGCAAGACUUCUACUGUCUUCAAAAACCACAACAUUAUUUUAGGAAGCUGUGCCUCUGUUAAGCAGUUACCAAUAAGCAGUGGUAGUGACAUCUGACAUUCCCGCUCAGAAUUAAGCACAACUCAUGUGGUUCCCAUAUCCACGAUUAGUCCAGGUUUUAGGUGUCCACCUGCAAGAGGCACAGGAGUCUCAAGGGUUGUGAGUACAAGUCAUAGUUUCACAUUUUGCAGUGCUGAAGUCAUACAUACCUUCAUACAUUUCAACCCAAACUUGCUCACUCUUAGCUCUCUCUGAGACAGAAGAGACACAAAAGAAUGCACAUUUGCACCAAAGUCAAGGAUUAUUCUCUCUGUUCUGUUGAAAUAUCUUUUGAAAUAUCAAACUUUGACCAGCUCUUCAAGCCAGGCUUUUUUUCAAAUGAAACAAGGUACCAGAGAUACAUCCUUUCAGCCUAAAGUAAAAUAGACAUUUACUGAUAUAAUCUAUGAAAGCUUGAUUUGACAAGCGUGGGUUCAGCAAUAAAAGCAACCAAUGUAAAAUCAUGAUGAUAUGAUCAAUGUUAAGUCAGAUAUUUAAAUCUUAAAAGAAAAAAAUAAAAGAAGUGCAUGAAAUAACAAACCUGAUCACAUGUGUAAAUAAGAGGUGAGGGAUGUCCUCUCAUCAAAUCUGCUCUGUCCUCAGUCUUAAGCUGAAGUAUUCAGUUCUUCUGUCACAGCAUAAAGUAACAAAAAAGAAGGGUAUAAAAUUGUUUAGCUGAGCCCAGACAGUUUUAUACAGGGAAGAAGAUACCUAGAAUUUAUGAUGAUGCUUCUGAAUCUAAUGAAGUGCUCCUUUAAUAACUGAAGCCACAGUUUGUGUUCUUUCUAUUUUGAAGGAGACUGAAAAUGGAAAUUUGGAUGACUGUUCUUUUAUUCUAGUCUAUUUUCUCUUCCAAUUAUGGAAUAUAACUACUUAUAAUCAUGAAGUUAUGAUAACCUCAGGAAAGGAGGAAAACAGCAAAUCAUUUUUAUUUUUGCUUAGCCAGAAAAGAUAAUAUUUUUGAAUCACUGAACACUUUUCACAGCUUUGUAUCAUCCGAUAGAGUGAUUUCUUUUAAACUUAUGAAUUAGUUCUGUGUAUUUAUAAUUAUAUGGAGUAAGGAAAUCUAUAGUCAUUGCUCUUUUCCCUUUCCAAAAACACCCCUAAAAUAUAUACAUUUUAACCUUUUUUGAAUCUUACACCCAUAGCAGCUGCUUCAGUUAAAAGACAGAGGAUUGGUCAUUGCUGCAUUCUUUUCUUCCCUGGUUUCAUUUACAAAAUUAGUGGAAUUGCUGAGCCAUGUUAUUACAAUGUUUUUGAACCAGUUGGAUAUGGAAUCAGGAAAUCAAACAGAAAAGCACAAAAAGCUUUGGGGAAAAAAAAUAGCUUGGGCAAGAAAGGGAGCUGGUUUUGUAUUUCUGUAAUGCACAAGAACCGAGACUGUUGCUUUACAGAGGAUUUUCUGGGCUAUGAAUUAUAUAAAAGACAUUGAAUUAAAAUAUGAUGCCCAAAACCAAGAUCAGUGCAGCCCAGUUGCUCCUUUUUGAGUAUCAUUCUUCUGUAUUCUGAAACACAAAAGCCAAACUGGGCUGAGAUGCAAGACUGAGAAGCAAUCUGAAUAUAUCUUGUGUGAGGCCCUGAACAUCAAGUCACAGAUCUUGAGAGUUUUUUGAGGACUCAGUUUGGCCACUUAAAACAUUCCUCUGAGGUUUACGGCUUCUUCUUAAAACAUAUGUACAGUUAGAGACCAUGAAUAAUAGUGUGGUGUAGCAAAAAAAAAAAAAAAAAAAAAAAAAAAAAAAAAAAAAAAAAGCUAUUUCCAUUUGUAUUCAAAGUUGUGUUCCACUGAAGUCAAAUACAUAUUUCCAAAUGUAACCAUUUCUGGUAGAUUUACACAAAUGAAGACUGUUCAUGCUGCUGGUUUUAUUGUCUUCCUGUGUUAGUCUUACAGACUGUGUUAGACUUACCAGUUCCUGAACCUAGAAUAGUUGCAAAUCCGCCAAUUUCAUACCAUAUAGUAAGUUAGCUCUUGUUAAUUCCUGCGAGAUUUAUGGCAGCAUGCAGCAAAACUUCUCUACACUACUGAUCGGUGGAUUUCAGUCUGUUCAGCAGUAGAAAUCUCCAUCUCAUGUGUCAUUUCAAGGAUAAAAUCUUUUGAAACUGCAUGGAGUUCAAUUUUGAUCCAUUAAGCUGGUGCUCACAAAGUAUCUAGAGCUACUCAAAGACACUUUUAGAUAACUAAAUGUAUUUUUGCUAACUAGACCUCCCUGUUGAAAAUAAUAGUUGGAUAGUACAUGUGUGACUUUUGCCUGUAGCUGAUUUUCCAGUUAAUUAUUUCUGAAGACAAAGUAAUUUAAAUUAAUAUCCCAUAGGAAAAGGAAGGUUUCAAUUUUUAAUCUCCUUGCUAGAUUUUACAGAGCUGGGUCUUAGUGCCCAUGGAUGAAGUAGUAGUUGAUAUGGGAUUUUUGAAUUUCAGCAAAAUUUGACACUAUCUUGCCCAGUAUCAUUGUGGGAAAAAUGUCCAUCACACUGCUAGACAAUUCCAUAACAUUUUGGGUAAGAAACUGGGUGAUGGGUUGGGUUUAAAGAGUUAUAGUGGUUACACAUGUGGGAUUUCCUUGUGCUCAAUUUUAGGGCCAGUGCUCUUUAAUGUUUUCUUAAAGUGCCUGGAUGCAGGAAUCAAGUUUAUCUUAAAUGAAUUUGCCGAUAGUAUUAAGCUAGGAUUCCCUCAAGGGUAGAGAGGUAUUACUAAGAAAUCUGGAUAGACUAGACAUCUGGGCCAUCACCAACCAUGUGAAAUUUAAGAGCAAGUGCCAGAAUCUCUGCCUGGGACAGAGUAAUAAUGAUUAUACAUUUAAAUUGGAGGAGAAGUGAUUUCAGCUCUGCAGAAAGAGAUCUGGGUAUCUGGGUUGAUUACAAGUUGGACAUGACCCAGCAGUGCCCUGGCAUCCAGGAGGGCCACCUGUGUCCUGGGCUGCAUCAGGCACAGCAUCACAGCCAGGUAAGGGAGGGGAUUGUCCCACUCUGCUCUGCACUGGGGUGGCCUUACCUCACGUGCUGGGGGCAGUUCUGGGUGCUAUAGUGUAAGGAGGACAACAAAUAAUUAGAGUGUGUCCAGAGGAGGGCAAUCAAGAUAGUGAAAGGCUUUGGGGGUUAAAACUUUGGAGUAAUGGUUGAGGUCACCUAGCUUGUUCAGCCUGGGGAAGAGAAGACUGAGUGACCCCAUUGUAGUCUAAACAUGGGAGUUCCUCAUGGGAGGCAGCAGAGGGGAAGGUGCUCAUCUCCUCCUUCUGGUGAUCAGUGAUAGGAACAAGAAAAUGGAAUGAAGCUGCAUUAGAGGAAAUUCAGAUGGGAGAUUAGGAAAAAGUUCUUCCCUGAGAAGGUAGUUGAUCACUGCAACAGGCUCCCCAGGGAAUUGUCCAUGGCACCAGGCCUAUCAGAGUUCAAGAACUAUCAAGAUGAUGCUCUUACUCUUGUGAUUUACUUUUAGAUGGUUCUGUAAGAAAUGAGGAGUUAAUGAUCUUUAUGGGUUUCAUUCAACUUGAGAGAUUUUAUGAUUCCAUGAUUGUAAAAAAAUGAUCAUAGUGAUUAUCAUAGCCCCUGUUCAGGGGCAGCCUGAAGAGAAAAAUCUCAUAUUCCAUCUAAUUGAUAUCACCCUUGUACUUAUACAUCACUGGUUUUAUGAUUAUUUUUGAAUUCUAAAUACUUUUAGCAAUAAUUGUCAUUGUGAUAAGUAAUAAAGUUUAAAACUGCUAUGAAUUUUUAAAUUAAGUGAAUUAUAACCUAAUGACAAGGAUUUAAAGAAAGUCAUAUUAUACAUUUCAGAACAAAGAGACAUCAUCAGCAUCCUUUGCUUUGUGGAUAUCCUUUCAUCUCCAGAUUCAAAGGGCAUAAUAUUCAUAUUAUUCAUACCUCAGCAUACAAGGCCUGUGACAGAGGGUUAGCCCAGAUCAGUGGAGUCAUGCGUCACACAGCUCUAUCAUGCUGGCAGCUGUUCCUGGGUCUGGCUGUGCUGCUUGUCUUCACAAGGACCACUGUGGGCUGCCCAGCCCGCUGUGAAUGCUCAGCACAGAACAAGUCUGUCAGCUGUCACCGAAGACGUCUGAUGUCCAUCCCAGAAGGCAUUCCCAUUGAGACCAAAAUCUUGGACCUCAGCAAGAACCGAUUGAAAAAUGUUAACCCUGAGGAAUUCACAUCAUACCCAUUGCUGGAGGAGAUUGACCUCAGCGACAAUAUUGUCUCCAAUGUGGAGCCUGGAGCUUUUAACAAUCUCUUCAACUUGCGCUCCUUGAGGCUGAAAGGAAACCGUCUGAAGUUGGUCCCCCUUGGGGUGUUUACUGGGUUGUCAAACUUAACAAAGCUUGAUAUAAGUGAAAACAAAAUUGUCAUUUUGCUGGACUACAUGUUUCAAGACCUGCAUAACCUAAAAUCCCUGGAGGUUGGGGACAAUGAUUUGGUGUAUAUAUCACAUAGGGCCUUCAGUGGGCUGCUUAGCCUGGAGCAGCUCACCCUGGAGAGAUGCAACCUCACAGCUGUACCAACAGAAGCUCUUUCUCACCUCCACAACCUCAUCAGGCUGCAUUUGAAACAGCUCAAUAUUAACGCUUUGCCGGCAUAUGCCUUUAAAAGACUGUUUCGCCUGAAAGACCUGCAGAUAGAGGCCUGGCCUCUCCUGGACAUGCUGCCUGCCAACAGUCUGUAUGGCCUCAACCUGACUUCACUCUCCAUCACAAACACCAACCUGUCUGCAGUACCUUACUCUGCUUUUAAACAUCUGGUUUACCUGACACAUCUCAACCUCUCUUACAACCCCAUCAGCACCAUAGAGGCAGGCAUGUUGUCGGAUUUAGUGCGCCUGCAGGAGCUCCACGUUGUGGGGGCACAGCUGCGCACCAUUGAACCACAUGCUUUCCAAGGGCUCCGAUUCUUACGUGUGCUUAAUGUGUCCCAAAACCUGUUAGAAACCCUAGAAGAGAAUGUAUUCCAUUCCUCCAAAAGCCUUGAGAUCCUCUGCAUUAACAAUAACCCUCUGGCCUGUGACUGUCGUCUUCUUUGGAUUUUGCACCGGCAGCCCACCUUGCAGUUUGGUGGCGAGCCACCAAUGUGUGCUGGCCCAGACAGUGUCAGAGAGAGGUCAUUCAGAGACUUUCACAGCACAGCUCUCUCCUUUUAUUUCACCUGUAAGAAGCCCAAGAUACAAGACAAGAAGUUGCAGUACCUGGUAGUGGAGGAAGGACAGACUGUGCAGCUGAUGUGCAAUGCUGAUGGGGACCCACAGCCUACCAUUUCCUGGGUUACCCCACGCCGGAGGUUGAUCACAAUUAAAUCAAAUGGCAGAGCCACUGUGCUGGGAGAUGGCACCCUGGAGAUCCGAUUUGCCCAAGACCAGGACACUGGGAUCUAUGUCUGUAUUGCAAGUAACGCAGCUGGGAAUGACACCUAUUCAGCCUCCCUGACAGUAAAGGGGUUUACUUCAGACCAUUUACUUUAUGCCAACAGGACCCCUAUGUAUAUGACAGACUCCAACGACACAAGUUCUAAUGGAACUAAUGCAAACAACUACUCUCUGGACCUUAAGACAAUAUUGGUGUCCACAGCUAUGGGCUGUUUCACAUUCCUUGGAGUGGUUUUAUUUUGUUUCCUUCUUCUUUUUGUGUGGAGCCGAGGGAAAGGCAAACACAAAACCAGCAUUGACCUUGAAUAUGUCCCUCGCAAAAACAACGGUGCUGUGGUUGAAGGGGAGGUUUCUGGACCACGAAGGUUCAAUAUGAAAAUGAUUUGAUGGUAUUCUGCUAGCAAUGCUUUUUCUGUGGCAUUAAAAACCAAUUAAAACAGCCUGGCAUGUGGAAUUGCUAGGCAGAAGGAGCUUAAUGCAGCUGUCAGUGUAUCAAAAGGUUAUAUGAAAAUGGAAAGACUAUUUGUGGUUAUAGAAGAGAGCCUCCAGACCUUGAGGCAGAUGUGUCAGGGCCUUUCAUAGAACUGGGAACUUGUACUAACUGUUUGCAUUGCAAAUAUUGGCAUUCUGGGGAUAUCAGCAAUGAACCACUGGCUCAUGCUCAUGGACAAUUGUUCAACAUUUUCUACUGCUACAAAAGGAAAAAGAAAAAAACCCUACAGUGUAGGAUUUACAUACUUAAAGAAAAAGACACAUUUGUCUAAACCACACUCUACAAUGAAAUUUGUAUCCAUAUAUCGCAUUUGGUAAAACUUUGCAUCCUCCCUUCUAGCUGGUUCAACACAAAAAAAAAAAAAAAAACAGUAGCUUUUUUUAUUUUUAUCUCUAUCUACUGUGUACAUUUUGAAGCAAUACAAAAGAGAGGUUGUGCUUUUAAAUAUCCACCAAUACUGACCCAAGUGUGAUGUCACCCAUCUUUUAACUACCAUAAAAACCCAAAUUAGAUCCUUGUAGUUACUAAUUAGAAAAAAGAUAUUUUUCUCCUCAUGUAAAAGGCCAGAGCUGAAUAGUUGAGAGCAAAACCGCUCAACUCUGUCGAUCUGCUCUUCAUAUAAAUAUAAGGCAUGUGCCUAGUUUUGAUACAGAAUGGAAUAUUUUUUAUAUCUGUGAUAUCACACUGGACCAGUAUUCUGUAAUACAGCCCUGGAUCUCACACAGGGAAGGCAACCCACUAGUCAAUGCUGGCAUGGAGGAGUUGAGUUCUACCUUGAAGAGAGAGAAUCAAUUUUGUUAGCCCUUAUAUUAAUUUCAAAGCUAUUGUUAAAAUGUUAAUGUGUACUGGGCUAAAUAAAGAGCAUAAUACAUCCUGCAGACUCCUUGGGAAACAUGGUCAUCUUACUCUUUAUACAAAUGAAUUAAAACAUACAAACACUCUGUUACUAGGAAUGAACUCUUCUCCAAUGCCAAGUAAACUACAGUUGUUCAUGCAUAAUAUGGGGAUUUAUAAUACUAAAAUAAUGUUUAAAACAUGAUAGCCUCAAAAAGGCUGACAUACUGCCAGAUAUAAUGAACCUCUAGCCACUGUAAUUCUCAUCUUGUAUAUUUGUAGAUAACACAAAGACACAAAGCUAAUUUCCAAGAACAGAUUACAUAGCUAUUCUUGAUGCCAUUUUAAAAAUAAUGUGGUUAUGUUUCUUUCAGGGGCAGUAUCUUAGAGCAAGAGGGGCAAGUUUUUCUAGAUUUUAGGAAUCUUUUUUAAAGGAGAGAAGACAGAAGUGGAACAUUAGUUCAGUACAAGUAACCUUUUGUUUGUUUUAUAUUUCCAAAGAAAUCCUCAAAAGAUUGAGAAGUGAAAUUUUAUUCUUUAUCAUUAAUACCAUGAUUUUUAUUUUUAAAUCCUCAGCAACUGCAAGAUACAAAGUUAUUCAGCCACCUCUCAAAGUUUCCACCAGUUGUGAGCCAUAGGUUUGUCAUUCAUGGUUGAUAGCAAAUACCAUUUUUAAAUGACUGGCAUAAUCUGGAGUAAGGAUGACAAUGACCUUAUCUAUAUUUAACCAAGAUGAAUAUGAAAAUAUUGUUAGACAGAAAAUUCAGAUUAAUGUGAUUUAAGAGCCUGUGUUCAAUCUUAGUGUUAGAUUUCAGCGUUUUGAAACCAAAGUCAGGCUGACCUACAAUAGGAUGCAGGUGCUUCUAAAAUUAGUAUCCACAUUCUUUGUAGAGAUUUCAAAAGCAGGAUAAAAAUUCUCCCACUUCUAUCAAGGGAAAUGUGCCAAAAGUUGUAAAAUCCAGCUGUGUUCCCCAGAGGUACCGAUGCAGGACCCAAGGCUAGGCAGUUUUGAGAAUCUUUUUUUUUAGUGGUUGAUCAUUGGUUGCAUCGUUGCUCCAUUUAAGGUCAUCAAACUGAGGAGGUUGCAAGGGUACUUAGAAUUUUUUUCACUUAACGUGGCUUUAAGUUUAGAGUUGGGUUUUCUUGUUUCCUUUUCUUUAUGCUCUGAACUAGAUAUUUGGAGAUCUAUGGACAUGCUUGAGAAGAAUACUCUUUGUUCUAUGACAUUUGUAGAACAUCAAUAUAAUGGAAUAACCCCUGACUAAAUUCUAACACCAGGGAAAUUAUUUUUGUUGACAUAAAAACCACUGCACUGAAGUCCAAAACUCUACUGUACCUUAAUGUGGGCAGUUAAAGAAACAAAUGGGGAUAAAACAAAAUGUUUCUGAACUGUCCCUUGAAGACAUUUGCAUGUGCCUUUCCCUUGUAAUUGUCUUUUUUUUUCAACUAGUAAUCUAUUACCCCUGCCAAAUGUUUCAAUCAAUGUUAGAAGCAAAAAUUCACCUAAGUUCUAGACAUUUUAAGCUGACUUAUUCAUAUUAAAUGACACAAUAAAAGAAAUAGUCUCCAAAAACAUCACCCUAGAAAACAUGUACUUUUAGGAUUAAUUAUGAGUUGCGGUAUUCUCCUAUUCCCUUAGAAUGACUCGUAAGAAGUGAUUUCAGUUAGGGCACUGCAAGGAUUUGUGAACAAAAAUCUGCUUAGUUAUCUAUGUGAAAUGUGCGCUGGUGAUGGAAAUCACCGCUUGCUGUUGCAGAAUACCGCUUUGCAGAGCUGUCAGCAUUCUGUGUAUCGCCCUGAGUUCAGUCAGUAUUCAGUUUUUCAGAAUCAGUGUUUGUUCCCUGCCUCUAGUAAUGUUCUACUUUUUGCAGCCUACUUAUUUCAGCAUGGACUUAACAUGGCAUAUGGCACCUCUUAACAGAAGUGAGGACAGCAAGACCCAGAGACACUUUAUGUCUUGCUCCACAUAGUCUCCUUCUUAUGUAUUUGUGGGACACAUACUAACUAUGACUCUUCUGGGUGAAUAAGGAAUACACUGUCAAAGUCAGACCUAGACAAGCACCUUUAGCAAUCCUUUUAAGAAUAGUGGCUGAAUGCUUACCUUGCCUCUUGAAGGAGUCACUUCUCUGCUAGAGAUCAAAGAGACGUACUACAGCUUAUUUUACUGCAGGGGAGAAAAAGGACUGGGCUGUGAAUAGGCAUAUGACCCACAUGGCUCCCCCAUCAUAUAUUCAGAAACAGCUUGAUAGUGCAUACCUGGCACUAAAAGAGGAAUCAAAGGUUUUAAUCUACCUCUGACUGGUAUACUGGCUGGUCUCCGUGCUGACACGAGCCUGAAUUUACUUGGCAGCCAGUGCAACAAAACUGAGGAGUAGCAAUAGUUCUGCAGAAAAGGAGAAAACUGAAAGUGUCAGAACCAGCACAGCAAGUUGAGAAAACAGAUACCAAAAUAUCCUUGUCAAUAACUCUUGUAAGAGAAAUGUCCAGGCCUCUUGAAAAUAUGUUUUGAAGUCCACUUGCACAGAUCAGAAGAUAAGAAUAGAUGAUUGUACAAGUGUUUACAGAAUCACAGUGAAUCACAGAAUCAUUUAGGUUGGAAAAGAUCUUCAAGAUCAUCAAGAUUAUCAAGUCCAACCUUUGACUGAUUGCCACCUUGGCAACUAGACCUUAACACUAAGUGCCACACCCAGUUAUUUACUGAACAGCCCCAGAGACAGUGACUCCGCCACUUCCCUUGGCAGCCCAUUCUGAUCCUUAACCACCCUUCUAGUGAAGAAAUUCUUCCUGAUGUCCAGCUUGAACCUCCCCUGUUGCAGCUUGGGGUAGGACCUCUCCUUCCGUCUCUGGUUGCCUGGGAGAAGAAGCCAAUCCUCACCUGGCUAUAACCUCCUGCAAGGGAGCUGUAGAAAGUGCUAGGUUUCCCCUGAGCCUUCUUUUCUGCAGACUGAACACCUUCAGUUUCCUUAGCUAUAGCACUUUCACUGUACACCCUCCCCUAGCUCUGUUGGCCUUCUCUGGACACAUUCCACCACCUCAAUUUCUUUAUUGUAGUGUAUGGCACAGAACUGGACACAGGACUUGAGGUGUGACCUGACCAGUGUACAGAGGGACAAUCACUGUCCUGCUCCUUCUGGCCACACUAUUGCUGAUACAGACCAGGCCACCACUGGCCUUCUUGGCCACCUGGGCACACUGGCUUAUAGUCAGCUGCUGUCAGCCAGCACUCCUUGGUCUUCUGCUUAGCUACUUCCCAGCCACUCCAUCCCUAGCUUGUAGCACUGCAUGGGGUUGUUGUGACCUAAGGGCAGGAUCCAAUGCUUGGCCUUUAUGGUUCAUACCAUUGGCCUUGAGCUAUUAAUACAGCCCGUCCAGAUGCUUCUGUAGAGCUUUCCUGCCCUCCAGCAGAUCAACACUCACAUCCAAAUUGGUGUCACCUGAAAACUUACUGAGGGAGCAUUCCAGGUAAUUGACAAAGAUAUUAAACAGGAUUGGGCCUAAUUCUGAGCCCUGGGAACAUUGCCAGUGACCCAAAUAGUUGUGGCACCAUUCGCCUCUCUCUGGGCCUCACCGUUCAAACAGUUUUUAACCCAGCCCUUUUCCCAAACCAGUUAAACUUUCUAUAAAUGAGUUAAAGAUAGCACUGAAGCAAUGUAUACAGAAAAGAGUUUUUUGCAAUGAAUUAACGAUGGAUAAUACUAAGCAGCACCCCACCUCAGCCUUUUUUUUAAGGUUUUGAGCUAGUGCUCUGGUUUUUGUCCCUUCUUCUUUCUUCUUAACUUCGCAAAUUUAUUUGCAGAAAAGCUUUAUCCAUUAAAAUGUAACAUUAGAUUCAGACUGGGAAGCUGCUUUUACCCUCUAUACCCACAUCAUUAUACAUUCACGCAUGCUCCUAAGUGCCAGCAGAAGCAACAACUCCCAAUACAACUGAACAGGAGACACCAAGACCCCUAGAGAUGCUGAUGUCGCUGGACAUUUUGAAACUAAAUUUUAUUUCAGUUGGCUUCAUUAUCAUACUGACAUUCAAGGUUUCCUUUAUUUACUUGAAUGGUAGCUCUCUUCCUUAUUUGUUAAAUUUUGAUUUUGCAUCAUCUAUAGCAACAACAAUUAUAACACCAUUAAGAAAAUAAGAAAUAUUAUACAUUACAUGCUCAGCACAACAAAUUGUAAUUUAGGCAGAUGAGACACCAUAAGAAAUCAGCCUUAAUAUUUAAUCAAAAUUCAUAUCUUAACUUUGUAACAGAAUAAAAAACUAGCAAGGAGAUUACUGAGGUAUGUAGGCCAUGUUGCAACUGAAUCACAACAAAGACGUGAAAGAAACUUUUCUACAUGACGCCUGAAUAUCUGUUUUUUACACUAGACUUUCCCAGAAAGAAUCUCAGGAUGUGUGAAUGUCAGAAACCUCCAUUUAACCCAUGAGAAGACAAAAGCAUUGGCUUGAAAUCUAGGUGAUCAAGCAAUUUCUGGCUGCCCAAGGACAACAGCAGCUUCCAGCAAGGAUAGACAAGAAACUAUAGUCAUGCAGUUAUUUUCACUUAUUCACUACUGCAUCCCAUGAAAACAGUCCGUUAGCACCAAUAAAAUGCACAAUCCUUACCCAUUUUCUUCACAUGAGGCAACAUUUGCGUAAUAAGCUACAGUGUUCCACCUCCACUCACAGCAGUGAAACAUCCAGCAAGAAGUGAGGAAGAGGAAACCUCUUCUGACCAGUUUGCUAAUAAGCUUUUACCAUUGAAUGGCCCUAGUCUACCUGGGGCUAUCAUGAUGGUUGUUUGUCCAUUCCCAUCCUCUGCUCACCAUGUGGUUUGACAUGGAGUAGCCGGGAAAAAAAACAUGCAGUCAAGUUAUCCCUUCUCCCUAAACUGUAACUGACAAACAGGACAGCAGUAGUGUCUUAGAAAUCUCAGUAUGCUUCAGUUGAUACAUGGUUUUGCCAUAAAACAACAUGUGAGAAAACACUGGAUACAUGCUUUCUGAUUUUUUUCAGUAUCCUGUGUGAUUGAUUGCUCUUUGUGCCAAAAAGUACCAGGAAAGAAUAACUAAAAAGCUCUCAUCCAAUAAUUUAAAACUUUAUUGUAUCUGACGGAGUUAAAGGAACACCUUUAGAAAAGUCCAAGGGCCUGAUUGCUGGAGAAUGUUUCAAGAAAUCAAUGAGAUUUUUCAAGCAAAGCAAUUCUUAUUAUCUGAAAUAAGAAUUAAAAUCUCAAUUUUCCUUGGCAACUUAAAAGUAUCACAGUUCAGUGACACAUGCUCCUUUUGUCUGUCUCUUAGCUCUGCUCAAUUCCCUUCUCAAUUUCAAAUUACUGUGAUGCCAAAGGAAGAUAUCUGGAUUUGGUUAAGUUUCAUUGAAUGCUUACAUGGCUUUUGGAAUCUAGAUCAUAAAGCCGGAUCUUAAACCUUCUUCAAGCCAAAAAUAAAAGCAAAUAUGAAGAAAAAGCUUGAGUAAACCUCUCCUGCAAAUGAAAUAAAUUAAAUUUUAUGAGAAUCCUGCUACUAAGAUAGCAUGUGAAAAGCAAUCUGCAGGAAUUUUGGGGGAUUUGGGGGGGUUUUUGUUUUGUUUUAUCUUUUUCACUAGAAGCAGGUGGUUGGGUAUAAGGCCAUCUGGAAAUAAAAUCUGUAUUUAUAGCAUCAGCAGAAUGAGGAAAGAGAUGGCAUAGUCAACAAAAUACUCUAUGUUAUUUCAGCUUAAAUUGAAAGAUAUUUUAUCUUUCAUAUUAAAAUACGGUAUAGAUACAUAAAAAAGAACAGACUUUUGCCUCCUAAUUUGAUUAUCUGUCUUUAUUCAACUGUACCAAAAUUGUCAUGAAGCAGAACUGCUGCAGUAAGAGACUGAAAACACACUUCCUACUGUAGUCAGGCAAUAUAAAUCAGGAGAAAUCCUCUUGACACCGUUCUGUAGGUCCUGAUUACACUAGAAAUUUGAUAAACGAAUCUAGGUGUUUUUUGCUUUCUACUAAGCAAGCUGUAGUGGAAAAUCAGCAGAACUCAUGUUUUAAUUAUUUCUCAUCUUGUGGCAUCUUGUGCCCUUUCCUCUGGAUUGCUUUAAUAUUUACACUGCUAGAAGAACUGCAAAACAUGAAGAUGUGGGAAGAAAGGGAUAAAAGGCAAAUGGAAAUCUCUGACCUUGAAGAAGUCAGCCUAUUUCUACUCAUGGCAUUUGCAAGUCAGAAACAUCACCUCCUCACACUUAAAGCCAAAAACAAUGGCUUUAAAGCAUUGUGCAUAAGCAGCUGCACAAGCAUCUAUGAAGAUGGUGGUCAACUUGUACACAUAUUAAUAAUUUUGGUCUUUCAGAAAACAAAAUAUUAUUGCUUCUUAAAGAAUUAAUUUAUGUCAUUUUGGUACUAAAAGCAAACACUUGGCUUAAUUACACUGGGUGCUGUAUAAGUAGGAAGUAAAUUAUAACACUGAUCUGUUGAGCUUACAGCCAUAUAGUAGGAAUUUGGCUUUUGAGCAAGUACACAUGAUAACAAGUCUCUCAUUGUUUGUCAAGGGAAUGCCAUAGUGCAGAUAUAUUAAAAUAUCAUCACACUGAAAUCUGUCUGCAAGCACAUGUAGUUCAUAUGUACAUGUUUGUGUGUGAAAAAAUAGUUAUAUUUGUUUUGUUCCUUUCUUAUUUCAAGUAUUAAAUGUAUAUUGUUUUUAAAAAGUGACAACUUUAACAUGAAAAAAUUGUGCUGUAAUUUAUUUUGAUAUAUAUGCUCAUGAGUAUUGGAUGGGAAAUGAAACAGCCUUGCUGUCAUGAUCCAUGAAGCACGUGACAAUUCAGGCUUGUCCAUAAGUUUGCUUCAUGUUUGAGCAAAAUAUGCAAAUAUAAUGAAAAAAAAAAACCAAAAAAAACCAAAAGCAAAACAAAAAAAGUGCUUUGUUGUCAAGACAGUUGUCCUGAAUGUAAUUUUAAAAGUUACUUUAGGGCUUAUGUCAUUAUGUGUGUCAUAAUUAUCCACAAUGAAACCCAAAUAAAUAAUUCCAUGGAGUGGCAAAAUUUACUUGAAAAAGUGAAGAAAAUUUACAUCAUUUCCCCUAUUGUAGAUGGUCAGUUUUUUUCCCCAAGGUGUAGUGUAGAACACUAAGACCAGAAAAAUACAGUUUCCGUACAGAAGUCCUUAGUGUCAGGUCUUCACAACAAGCUGACUUUUCAGGCCCACUCCUCUUGAACUGAGAAUCUGAACACAUACCGUGAGAAAUAGAAGACUCUGGCAGGUAUUUUUCAACUACACACUUUCCUCCUUCAUUGCUUAAAGCCCUCAAACACAGAGAAAAUCCUAGGCCUCAUUCAGAUGCAUUUUGGGAUUUAUCAUCAGUACAAAGUAUCAAUCAGCCUGUUUCCUCACUUUUACUUGCACAGUGUGUUCAGGUAACUGAUGGGGAUACCAAUCAGGCAAAUGCUGGAAGAAGAAAAGCAUGCCACUUAACAGCACCACAGAGAGAACAGCAGAAACAUAGAUUUCACCAGCUGUGUAACUUGGAAAGCAACAAAUACUGAAAAUCUGCAUCUGAAACAUGGUUACUGAGGAAAUCACCAGUAUUCAAACACCUAUGUAAUUACAAAAAAAUUAAGUGGUGAAAAGUAGAUUCUGCUGAGGUUGAAACCUAUUUCACCCCCUGAGACUUGCCACAAUCUACCAAGUCUUCAUCAGACAUCAGCUUUGAAGGACACAGGCUGUAAUCUAAACUAUUGCUACUCCCAUUUUUCCAAAGCUAGGUGCUUUUACCAACAGCAAAUUUUUUUAUGGUUUCCAGGAUAAUCUGAAUUAAGAUUUAUCACCUGCAUACCCAUUAUACUCUAACUUAGAGUCCUGUUCUGUAGAAGGGAAAAUAGUUGCUACCUUGGGAAAAGAAGAAGCAGUUUAAAAUCCUGAUAGCUUACUAAGAGCAGAGACAGACAGGAGCUGAAUCUGAGCUCUUCUAUGCCCCCAGUAUGUGUCUUAUCCUCCUGCAUUUGCAUUUGACACCUCCAAAAGAUUUUGACUGAUUUGCCCCACUGUACCCUCCUCCAGAACAGAAUGUCAAAUGCAAAUUGUCAGAGAAACUUUGUUAUUGGUUUUAUUAUGGUAAUCUACUUUAUUUAUAAUAUUUUUAAUCUGAUUGGCAGUCUAAUGUACUGCAGUGCUGCCUUCAGUAUGACAUGAAAAAAGAGCCAUUUCCCCUACCACUGCACAGAGAUCAAAGGUCUUUCUUCAAAGGUUCCUCCAUCCUAAGAUUACACUAUAACAAGAGGAAGAACCUGUUCCUAUAUCACAAGAUCUAUUAAGCAAUUUCCAGUUCUUACAGUAGAAGCAGCUACUAGUUUUCUCCAUGACCAGAUAGAGAAAAACACCAUUGCAUCAGACAAUCACUGACACAUUCACUAAAAUUUAAAAAAAAAAAAAAAAAAAUUGUAGAAUGUAUUACUCUAAACAAACACACUUUAGAUUUUUAAAAGCAUACAAAAUUUGCUAAAGCACAGUCACUUUCAAAAAUUUUUAAGACUAUUUAUACUAUUGCAGAUCCACUAUAGAGGAUUUGCCACAUAGUUAGUAGCCCUAUAUUGGAUUAUACAGACAUCUUUAAAUAAAUAAAUCUUGGCAUCUAAAGUUUAUUUUAAGAAAUGCCUGGAUUUAAUAUUUUUGUAUUUUUAAAAGUUGAUGGGAAAUCAAAAAUCCCACUACUUACCAAGUAAAUUCAAUUCAGAGAGACUGAGUUAUUCUCAUAUGAGGGAAUGCUCACAGUGAAUUUUCUGCAUCAUAAAACCUUCCCAUGUACAGCUGUAGAUAACAUGCAAAAAAAAGGGCUUUGUUCAUCUCUGGUACUGUCUGGAACUGGGGGAGAGGCUGGUAAUUCAUGCUGGGAAAGCAAAAAUAAAGUGUAAAAGUGCUGGAUUAAGAAACACAGAGUUAUUGCAAAAGAACUGGCCUUUCUGUCUACAGGCUCAGUAGCAGUCUGGGAAAUUUAGUUUAAAUUCUUGCUUUCCUAGAUACAGGAAAUUCCUUAUUUUCCCUCUUCUUGGAAGGAUAAGUUUCAACCUUAGUAAUCCAUGGGAAAUGAAAUGCAGUAAGAAGUUAAUAAAAUGCAGGAGUGGAUAUUAAACAUGAACAGAAAUUAAAAUGUACCUAAAAAUUAUGUUACACUGGUACUUAGCACAUUGUCUAAGUAAUUCUGGAAUUAUUUUGAUUUUCAGGAUCUGGUUUAUUAAUUAAUAGCUAGGGAAUUCAUUCAGCUAGUUAAUGCUGUAAUCACCAGCUGGAAUAUCUUACUUACCUCAUCAGUCCCUAAGUGGAAGUUAUAUUUUUCUGAGCUAUUUUCCAAUAACUUUCCUAUUUAUAUAACUCAAAAGCACAAGUGAUGGAGAGCACACUUAUUUUAUCAUAGAAAGACAAUGAUAACAAAUUAAAUCUAUCACUUUUGCUAAGAGAGCUUUUUGCUGUUUUUACAAAGAUUAAUAGAUAGCAUCCUUAUCAAAAUUAUUGCUAUCACUAAAACCAAACACCUCACCUUAAUAAUCUAUUGACUUUUUGUGCAUCUGAGCAGUGCACCAGUACAAAUGCACUGCAAGAAACAUUUUGCUUUCACAUUGGGCAGGCAUGCCAUGCAAAGGGGUUAGAGGCAAUGCAGCCUUCUGAGUUGCAGAAACAUUUUCAUUUCAAAAGGCCUUAUUGAAUUUUUUGUUGGCUUUUACGGGUUUGGUAGGCUGUCACAUCUUGUUAAAGGAUAUCAUAUCAUCCUUUUCUGGCUUGGACAGGGCAUAGCUGUUAGUUUGUAAUAUAAACAGAAGGCUGCAACUCAGGAUUUCUUAGUUGUAAUCAAAACCCUGGGCCUCUAACUCUUUGGAGAAUACAAAAAUAUUUACCUUCCAAAAGGACGAUUCUACCAUUUCCCUAAGGGUUAUAAAGCCAAGGAGUUAUAGUUCACUCAUACCUGGGUGAGGAAUGAUAAUUUUGACGAGGAUUGGUAUCAAACAAAGAAAAUAUUUUUUAAGAAAUGCAAGCCCUGCUGCUCAAAGGGCUCCAGAUGAGGGCUCCUCUUGGCAAGGACUCCUCAGGGCAAGGCUGCCCUGUGGUCAGCCUUUCCAACAGUUCUAAAUGAAAGGAUUGCAGAGCAGUGGCAGUAUAUGAAAGAAAAUUGUCAUGAGAGAUGCACACCAACUAGAUGCUGACUUUUAUGCAGUUCAGUAGUAUAUUGGAUAAAAGGACCUCUUAAUGCCUCACUUAAUUAGUGUCUUUGCAAUGGUUGAAAAAACAUUAUUAUCUCCUAAAGCGUCAACAAAAUCUGUGUCUUUGCCUUUGAUUAUAGAUGAGAAAUGCUGAAAUGAAUGCAAAGCACACAUUAAUAGUCAAGUGUCACACCAAGCAAUCAGACUACUACUACUACUACUACAAAAACAUUUUUAUUAGUCCUUAUACAAAACUACCAAAACUAAGUCACAUAAUUUCUCCACUCGCUAAUCCAAGUUUCUUGAAAGAAAACUACCAUUUUCACAUGUUUCCCAGCUCUUUAAUAGAUAAAGUAACAAGAAUACACUUUUCAAAUUACUGCUGCCAGUGUUUAUUAUAGGGAAUUUUUCCUGACACAACUCCAUUUGCCACAACAUUGAGUUGUGGCCAACCUCAUCUUCAUCUUUUAAUCAAGAUUGGUUUUGCUUAUACAUGAGUCAAAUACUUGGAAAUUCCCUAUUCCCAGCUUCUGCUUUAGAACUGAAGCCAGAAGAUUUUGUUGUGAAUAUCCGUGAAGUAUGUUUGAUAGUUAAUGGUUACAGCCUUGCAUCCAGCAGUCACUGGAACUAUACCUCAUACUAAGGUAUGAGCCUAUCUGGCAGGAUUAAAAGUAACAACUGCUCCUUGGGAAGCAGAUUAACCAAUACCUCCAUUUUAUCUUUCAAGACCUCUAUCAACUUUCAAGACACAGGAAAGUCUGUGUCCAAGUCAUUUAGAACUGAAGGAAAUAUUUGCAGGAUAUCCUUGCCAUCUUAGAGAACUGCAUACAAAAAGACAUGUGAGAAGUCAGUUUGUCCUUUAAGAUUAAAUUACUGAAGCAGAAAUCUAAAACAUUACAAACAAAAGGAUGUAUGCAUUUAAGAAAUGCUCCGGUGGGUUUUAUACUGUAAGAAUGAAAGUCAGAAACAUAAGUAAAAGGUGAACUUGUUGAUGAGAAAAUUAUUUUCUCAAUGUAAUAAAUGCUCCCUUCGGAUCACAAAAUACAUUCCCUCCAGUAUUUAAACACAAGGAUUCUCCUCUUUCCUCGUUCAAAGAGAUCUACAAACCACCUCAUUUCAGUACAAAUACUUUAUUAAAAUGCAUUCUGUUACAUUCAAAACAUCAACCCUCCCUAGAUUUUCAACAGUUGUUGUAAUUGUUUUUCAUAUAAAUUGAUUCUAAUUGUGACACUGUUCUGCUACAAAGCCUAUUGUCUGUGUCCUUCAGAAUUGUCAAUUACUUAAAUGAAGAAAUAAAGGCUUGAAAGUGCAUUGUUGUAAUUGAUUUCUAUGUUUAAAUUAUCUAAUCACAAAACAAAGUUAUGAAUUUAAUCUGUUGAGGCACAAAUACUUUCCUUGACAAUAGAAAGAAAAAAAGAGAAAAAAUAAAUAUAAAAAUCCA